AUGAGGCUUUUCUUGUGGAAUGCGGUCCUGACACUGUUAGUAACUUGUUUGAGUGGGGCUCUCAUCCCAGAACCAGAAGUGAAGAUUGAAGUUCUCCAGAAGCCGUUCAUCUGCCAUCGCAAGACCAAAGGAGGGGAUUUGAUGUUGGUCCACUAUGAAGGCUACUUAGAAAAGGACGGCUCCUUAUUUCACUCCACUCACAAACAUAACAAUGGUCAGCCUAUUUGGUUCACCCUGGGCAUCCUGGAGGCUCUCAAAGGUUGGGACCAGGGCUUGAAGGGAAUGUGUGUAGGAGAGAAGAGAAAGCUCACCAUUCCUCCUGCCUUGGGCUAUGGAAAAGAAGGAAAAGGUAAAAUUCCCCCAGAGAGUACACUGAUAUUCAACAUUGAUCUCCUGGAGAUUCGAAAUGGACCAAGAUCCCAUGAGUCAUUCCAAGAAAUGGAUCUUAAUGAUGACUGGAAACUCUCUAAAAAUGAGGUUAAAGUGUAUUUAAAGAAGGAGUUUGAAAAGCAUGGUGCAGUGGUGAAUGAAAGUCAUCAUGAUGUUUUGGUAGAGGAUAUUUUUGAUAAAGAAGAUGAAGACAAAGAUGGAUUUAUAUCUGCCAGAGAAUUUACAUAUAAACACGAUGAAUUAUAG